UUGAAGCUUUACCCGUUAACGUUUAACUACUCAAAAUGUCGCACUGCUUUUGGUAGACCCGAUGGCACAUCUUCCCUCCCUUGCAAGGAGACUGCCACGAACGGAUCCGCACUUCUUCCUACCCCUCUCCAUGCUCCACCCUAUCACUUGCUCACCCUCUCCUUCUCCGGCUACGGCUAUACUACAGCCAUUCCUUAGUUACCUCUUUCGCGCAUUUCAUCAAACACGUCAUUUACCCUCUCCACAGACCCGUCGCUUCUCAACCUUCCAACCCUUCUCAGCUCAAAAUUACCACUAUCCAUUUGACUUUGACAAUUUCAAAUUCAAAGCCACCCACGGCACGCAAGACCCGGGUCUUCCCCGAUUCCUUGAGAUGCUCAGAGGAGUCUCCCAGUGUCCCUCAGAAGCGAAGGCCGUCGAGUCUCUUGACGAGUCAGGCAUCGAAGCGAAUCGAGAAAUUGUUUGCUCUGCGAUUUGGGAAUCGAGGGAAGAGUGGAGACUGGCAUUUUUGGCUUUCAAAUGGGGUGAGAAAUGGGGCUGCACUGAUGAAAAAGCUUGCUAUUUGAUGAUAUGGGUUUUGGGCAAUCAUAGAAAGUUUAAUAUUGCUUGGUGUUUGAUUCGGGACAUGCACACGCACCGUUCUAAAAUGGACACUCGUCGGGCAAUGCUUAUUAUGAUUGAUAGAUAUGCAUCUGCAAAUGAUCCAUGCAAGGCCAUUCGGACAUUCCACGUAAUGGAGACGUUCAGAUUGACCCCUGAUCAGGAAGCAUUCCACACCGUUCUGAAGGCACUCUGUAAAUAUGGAAACAUUGAGGAGGCUGAAGAAUUUAUGUUUGUAAACAAGAAGUUAUUCCCACUGGAGACUGAGGGCUUUAACAUUAUUCUCAAUGCAUGGUGUAACGUAUCUCUAGAUGUAUUUGAAGCAAAGAGAGUUUGGAGAGAAAUGUCUAAAUGCUGUAUUACACCAGAUGCAACUUCAUAUACUCUCAUGAUUUCCUGUUUCUCAAAGGUUGGGAAUCUCUUUGAUUCACUUAGACUCUAUGAUGAAAUGAAGAAACGAAGUUGGAUCAUAAGCCUUGAGGUUUACAAUUCAUUAAUAUACGUACUAAGUCAUGCGAAUUGCUUUGAGGAAGCUCUCAAAAUCCUGGACAAAAUGAAAGGUUUAGGUUUGCAACCGGAUUCUACCACUUACAACUCAAUGAUACACCCUCUGUGCGAAGCAAAAAGGUUUGAGGAGGCAAGAAAUAUACUGACCACUAUGAUGCAGGAGAAUCUCAGUCCAACCAUGGAGACUUACCAUGCAUUUCUUAGGAGUGCAGGUUUUGAGGGAACAUUGGAAGUUCUUAACCGAAUGAAGAAAGCUGGUUUAGGUCCUACUGGGGAUACCUUUCUAAUAAUUAUUGGCAAGUUCUUGAAACUGGGGCAACCUGACCAUGCAUUGAAGGUAUUUAUGGAAAUGAAACAGUAUGAAAUAGUGCCCAAUUCCUCGCAUUACUCGGUGCUGGUACAAGGGCUGGCAAUGUGUGGGUGGUUGAUCAAGGCCAGGGAGUUCUAUGCAGAGAUGAGAUCAAAUGGAUUUUUAGAAGACCCAAAGCUUAAGAAGCUCUUGAAGGAACCAGUCCGAUGCAGUGUACAUGAAGGGAAGCGACAGGUCCAACAGGUUAAUAGAGAUGAGAGGACGAAUCAUAGGAAAGGCAGAAGUAUGAGAUGGACAAAUAAUACCCACCAAUCAAGAAAGAAGAAGAAAUCAAUCGAAAAGUCCAAUUUGGAACUUUGA